CGGGGGAAGGGCAGGGCUGACACCACUUCCUCCUCGAGGCCACCGACCUGAGCCGCGCGCAGCCCGGAGCACCGCGUCGCCUUCUUGGCUGGUGCCCCGUCGCCGAACCGCGCCCCCGCCAAGUCCCCGCAAGGCCGUCGAGAUGGGGGAGUCAAAUGAUGACAUAGACCAAAUGUUCAGCAAUUUGCUGGGAGAGAUGGAUCUUUUGACCCAGGUAAAUUCCUCUUUUCAAGUUUCAACCCUCCCCCCCCCGGCCCCCAAGCCUCCCAGAGCUGAAUUUAACUUCAGUGUGGGUUUUAAGGAUUUAAAUGAAUCCUUAAAUGCCCUGGAAGACCAAGAUUUAGAUGCGCUCAUGGCCGAUCUAGUAGCCGACAUAAGUGAAGCUGAGCAGAGGACAAUCCAGGCACAGAAAAAGUCUUCUCAGGAUCAACAACUUCCAGCACCUCUGGAAGGAUCAGAUUUCAGUGGUGCAGCCUCUCUUGGUUAUGGAGCAAAUGCUGCUGAAACUAAUAUUAGCCCGUAUGAGGAUGAUUUACCACCUCCACCAGCUGAUCCUGUGUUAGACCUUCCUCUGCCACCGCCACCUCCUGAACCUCUCUCUCAGGAAGAAGAAGAAGCCCAAGCGAAGGCUGAUAAAAUUAAGAUGGCAUUGGAAAAACUAAAGGAGGCCAAGGUCAAGAAGCUGGUUGUCAAGGUGCACAUGAAUGAUAACAGCACGAAGUCGCUGAUGGUGGAUGAGCGGCAAUUGGCCCGAGACGUGCUAGACAACCUUUUUGAGAAAACCCAUUGUGACUGCAGUGUAGACUGGUGUCUUUAUGAAACAUACCCAGAACUACAGAUUGAAAGGUUUUUUGAAGACCACGAAAAUGUUGUUGAAGUCUUAUCAGACUGGACAAGAGACACAGAAAAUAAAAUGAUAUUUUUGAAGAAAGAGGAAAAAUAUGCUGUAUUUAAAAAUCCCCAGAAUUUUUACUUGGAUAACAAAGGAAAAAAAGAAAGCAAGGAAACAAAUGAGAAGAUGAAUGCUAAGAACAAGGAAUGCUUACUUGAGGAAAGUUUCUGCGGAACAUCCGUCAUCGUACCGGAACUUGAAGGAGCUCUUAAUCUGAAAGAAGAUGGAAAGAAAAACUGGAAAAGGCGUUAUUUUCUUUUACGAGCUUCUGGAAUUUAUUACGUACCCAAAGGAAAGACUAAGACAUCCCGAGAUCUGGCCUGUUUUAUACAGUUUGAAAAUGUCAACAUUUACUAUGGGAUUCAGUGUAAAAUGAAAUAUAAAGCACCCACUGACUACUGCUUUGUUUUAAAGCAUCCUCAAAUUCAGAAGGAGUCCCAGUAUAUCAAGUAUCUCUGCUGUGACGACGAAAGAACUCUAAACCAGUGGGUCACGGGAAUAAGGAUCGCCAAGUAUGGAAAGACUCUCUAUGACAACUAUCAGCGGGCCGUGGCCAGGGCCGGGCUGGUGUCUCGGUGGACAAACCUGGGCACCGUCAGUGCAGCUGCACCAUCUUCACCUUCCACAGCACUUAAAACAGGCACCACCCAGGCCAACGGGCAGAUUCCCCAGGCCGCACACCCUGUGCAUGCUGUUGUCGAAGAAGCCCAGACACAUGCUGGCACAACUAAGGAUAAGAAGCCAGCCCUUGGUAACCACGACCCAGGAACGCCCAGGGUCCAUCACCCUGCGAAGUCCAGCCUGCCGCCGCCCCCUCCCAUGCGCGGGUCCUCAAACACCAGCGGAAGCCCAGUGACACCCCCUAAGGCCAAAGCCAUGGGCUUGCCCCCGCCGGAUGACUUUCUGCCGCCGCCCCCACCCCCACCUCCCCUGGAGGACGACGAGCUCCCGCCGCCGCCUCCCGAUUUUAACGAAGAGCCCCCAGACUUCGUGCCUCCGCCUCCGCUGUCGUUUGCGGGGGACGCGGGCUCAUUACCGCCUCCUCCCCCUCCCCCACCCGCCGUCGUCCCACAAUCAGAGAGGCCGCCCCACGUUAUCGCCAAAAGGCCUCCAGUUCCCCCAAAGAGGCAAGAGAACCCAGGACCACUUAGUGGGGGAGGGGGCGGGGAGCAGGAUUUCAUGUCAGACCUCAUGAAAGCUUUGCAAAAGAAAAGAGGCAACAUGUCCUAAGGGAGACAUACAGACAUCUUUGUGUCCUAAGUAUAAUCACUUCUAACCUCAAGUGCAUUUUUGCUACUUUAUUUUCAUGACAUCUCGGUCAUUUUAGAUAAAAUAUUAAAGUAUUCAUACUAGAAAUGAUGCCAAACGUAUAUUCAUAACCAUUAACCUAACAGACUUUAUCUGCCUAAAUGUACAUAAUCUUUCCUAUGUAUUUCCACUUCAAUGAAAUUUAUCUUACCUUCCAAGGAGUUAACCAAAGUGAUGUUUUAUGUUCAUUUAUUUUAUGAUGUUCAGAAGCAUCGAAUUAAUAAAAAUUUAAAAUUUUCCCAAA